AUGAAGUUCCAACUCUUUACCCUCAUUGCUCUUGUCUCUGCUGCCUCUGCCGGCUUGAUCAAGCGAGUCGACGUCAACGUCCCCGCCAUGACAGACGCACAGGGCAACGUUGUUGCUUUCAACGCUGCUGAGGUCCCCACCAGGAAGCGAGCCAUCGCCCAGCAGAAGCAGCAACAACAGCAGAAGAAGAAGUACUGA